AUGAAUUUGAGUUAGUAAAACUAGAUGUGUACGUCGACGUGGCUGAUUGAGCAUGAAAGUUCAAAAAACGAUGCUUCUGAUGAGUGAUAUUAUUGCUAGGCGGAGGACCACGCGUCUCUGAUACCUCUCUAUAUUUCUGCAUGCCUUCGCCACACCAUCUCUACCCAAUCCCAUAUAUAUACAUAUGCAUAUGCAACGCAUAUCCAUACAUGUGAAAUCAUAUAUAACACCACCAACAAGGAACUCAAGAAUAAUAAGUAAUUAAUAAGUGAUCACCAUGGAGAUGAACAGAACAAGGAGAUCAAGAGGGUUCAUGAUAGCUAAGCUAAUGCCCUUCUGCAAAGCUGUGAAGCCUCCAACUCCUUCACAAGACCUUUAUAAUAAUGUUCAUUACACUUCUUCCACCACAACUUCCUACGCUCCUCAGCCUGAUUUCAACAGCUACGUAACUCCUCUCCCUCCUAAAGUUAGCUUCCACCUUCAACCAUCCGUGGCUCCCGAGGGUAAGGGUAUGGAGAAGAAGCUGAACAAGAUAGCAGAGAAGCUGAUCGGUAGAGGGGUUAGUGGUGUGGACGACUGCGUUGACGCUAGAGCCGCUUCAUAUAUCUCUUCGGUUCGAGAAAGGUUUAAGAUGGAUCAUUGUGAGAGAGUGACGACGACUGUUAUUAGCUUAGACCAUGAAGAUGUUGAUCAUUAGGAUGUAGGUGGCCGUUGACCAUCGCAUGUCUCUAAGUGACUAAGUCAUAUAUAUAUAUAUAUACACGUUUCUAGCUUCAGGAUAUUAACGGGAGCCUUUAAUGACAAUAUAUAGAGGUUGUUAAACGCACUUGUUUUUCCCAAUAAGUAAACUUAGUCCAUGCAUAUACAUAUGCAAUUCCCGAAAUGGACGAAAUAAUCGUACAAAAAGGAUACGUAUUAGAUAUUCCCCAAGGAAAUCAGUAAUCAAGAAGACCAACAGAUUAAAAAUGAAGAAAGAGAGAGAGAGAGGGAGAGAGAGAGAGAGUAAUUAUUAAUUGACGUGAGGGAGAAGGUAGGGUUAAAAUAGCUAGCCGGCGUAGAUGUGGAUGUGAAGGGCGAUGAGGGAGAUGGUGAUGAAGGCGAAGAAUAGGAGAGUGUGAAUGACAAUGGAAGGGCCGCUUGUCUGAAACCCACCGAACUCAACCGCUCUACUUUUUCCGGGCAGCUGAAACAGAACUCCAGGGCUCAACAGGAUGAACAAAAUCACCGACAUCAGCACCGGUCCCCAGUCAAGCCCCAUUUCUCCUAGUUUUUUUUUAUCUCUCUCUAUAUAUGUAUAUGAUAUCUACGGUGUUUUAAUUAUGCGUUUAUAUAUAAAAUGCUAAAUAAUGCAUAUACUUGUGUGAACGAAUAUGAUAAUCUAUCAUUAA